CCGAGUCGUCCCCGUCCCAUCUAAUCGCCCGUCGCCGUUCAACUCCACCUUUCUUUCCCUUGGCUCUCGCUUCUCCUCCCGCUUCAAGUCUCAACACAAGCCAACCUUCCUCUCUCUUCUCCGCCAAAACAGUGAGUGUUCGCUUGGUCCAGCAAACACUCGACAGCCCUCACAAUGGCCGCCCCCUACCUCAGGACAAGACCUGCUCUCUCAGCGGCCUUCCGCCCUCUUGCGCCCAAGCCAAGAUUCCAGUCCUUUCCUCGUCGUCCAAACUCGACAACAACGCCGACGACGACGACGACCACCACCGCCACCACCACCACCACGGCUACCCCCACCGAGCCCACCAAAGCUGCCGUCGUCGAUCCCUCGAGCCUUUCCCGCCGUCUAAAGCUCUCCGCCUAUGCCACCGCUCUUGCUGCCGUCCUCGGUGUCGGCUACUACUACGCCACAGACACGCGCGCCUCGGUCCACCAGUACCUCGUUCCUCCCCUCCUUCGCACCAUCUUCCCCGAUGCCGAAGAAGCCCACCAUGUUGGAACCGCCGCCCUAAAGGGUCUCUAUGAGACUGGCCUCCACAUUCGCGAGAGGGUUCCCGAGAGUCCGAACGGCCCCUUGUCGGUCAAUGUGUUCGGCAAGCAGCUCCUCAACCCUAUCGGCAUCUCUGCUGGUCUCGACAAGGACGCCGAAAUCCCUGAUCCCCUGUUCGCCCUCGGUGCCGGUGUCGUCGAGGUGGGUGGCUGCACUCCUUUCCCUCAGGAGGGCAACCCCAAGCCCAGAGUUUUCCGCAUUCCCUCGGUCGACGGCCUGAUCAACCGCUAUGGUCUCAACUCCCGCGGCGCUGACGCCAUGGCUACCCGCCUGCGCGAACGCCUUCGCAAGUUCGCCCGCUCUGUCGGCCUCACCGAUAACGAGGUGCUGAACGAGGAGGGCACUGAUGGCAUCCCUCCCGGCAGUCUCCACCCCGGCCGUCUCUUGUGUGUUCAGAUCGCCAAGAACAAGAAGACGGACGAGAAGGACGUCAAUGCGGUUAUUCGCGACUACGUCUACUGUGUCGACAAGCUCGCCCCCUACGCCGAUGUCCUUGUCGUCAACGUCAGCAGCCCCAACACCCCCGGCCUACGCGACCUGCAGGCUACCGAACCUUUGACCAAGCUUCUUUCUGCGGUUGUGGAUGCGGCCCAGCAAACCAAGAGGAAGACCAAGCCGAGAGUCAUGGUCAAGGUUUCACCCGAUGAGGAUGAUGACACACAGAUGGAAGGUGUUGUGGAGGCUGUGUGGAACAGCGGUGUCGACGGUGUUAUUGUCGGCAACACCACCAAGCGCCGGACCGGCAUCGUUCCCAAGGGCGUCAAGCUGAUCGACGACGAGCCCAAGAUUCUCCACGAGGAGGGAGGCUUCUCUGGCCCUGCUCUCUUCGAUCGUACUGUUAAUUUGAUUGGGAGGUACCGCAAGAUGCUGGACGGCUAUGCUCUCAAGUCCGAGUCCGACAAGAGCCCUGCGCAAAAGGUUCUGUUUGCCUCUGGUGGAAUCACCAACGGUGAGCAGGCCUUGAGGGUUCUCAAUGCUGGCGCUAGUGUGGCCAUGGUGUACACCGCCAUGGUCUAUGGCGGUUCUGGCACCAUCACCAGAAUCAAGUCCGAGAUGAAGGAGAAGCUCGCUGACAAGUCGGCAUAAGGCCCCUCAGGUGGGUUUACUCAGGAUCCUAUGCUGUAAAUAAACGUGCGUCUUUCACCAAAAGUACCCUUCUUCGAUCUGCCUUGAUAUAUUCACCUCAUGAAGCACACUAUUUGGGAAUGGUACCUGACUAAGAUCUCGACCAUCUCCCUGGUCGACCCAAUAUGGUUUCACAUGGCAACCAACUUCGCGGUGAACUUCGGAAUGGGCUUAUAUGCCGACCCGGAUAUCUGGACGGCUAGGUACAUUUGUUUGUUCAUAACAGGAGCAGACCGCUACGACCAUUCGCCAGGGCAAACAUGUGCAACCCUCCCAUGACAUCUGCGUUAAUCCGGGAAUCGAGUAACAGUUUUGAGGUCGACGAUGAGGGCCACGUUCUUCUGUCUACCAGUCACACCUUUCUUUCCCGCCCUCUUCACGUCAUAAGGCUGGAAUCUGGGUGUCUGGCGAUGCCUGCCCGUGGCAAUAUCAGACUGCUACAAGGGUCAAACCCAGACCAUGAUGCACGUGGCUCUACUCGCAUGUGUAAACUAUUCAGACAUCCUCGAGCCCUCCUGUCUUGUUUCAUCCGCGUCCCUUCCACACCUCUUCCAUACGUCGUGCAUGGGAUCAUAUGGGGAUAUUCUCCUAAAGCAAUGGGAGAGGCGCUGCCACUUUGCACCCAACUCAGGGCAUGGCCAUACUCGCUUGCACAUUGGUGGAAACAGAAAUGUCAGGUGGAGGAGGGUCCUCGCGUCCAAGUAGCUUUGAUAUGUGCUAACCUGGCACGCAUCAGGUUACGCAUCCUUACAAAGGAACCACUAUCAAAUUUGUCUGAUACCCUCCCGGUCAAUUUAUAGCCGCUCUCUCGACUUACACAAAUCCGGGAGACACAAAUUCAAGAAGUGAAGCAAGGUAUCACAACACGAUCUACCUCAAGGAGGCUUUGCCCCGUUGUUCUACGUUCUACAUACCUCAAUUUCCGGUACUUGGUAGUACCAAAGGACUUGGGCAAAGGAAGGACAAAAGGAAGAAAGCCGGAUCUCUUUAUACACAGGUUACACAUGCAUAUGCGCUGCUGCUGUGUAAGUGACACAGGUACAGGCACUUCGAGAGAUAUGAAAUGCACUACACAUAUGCACAGAAAACAGCACUUGGCGAACGACCCAGUGGGUGCAAUAGAUCUGAGAGCCCCAGGAAUCCAUGUAUCUGGACUUGGACAACCCCAAAGGCGAUAACCGGGGAGCAGGGGAAUAGUGAUGCCGAAUGACUUUGGUUGUCUAUACUGGGUAGGGUGUUCUGAAUGCGAUAAUUCCCCUUUCAAUUUACAUACACAUAGAUGCUGGAUGGCCUUUGUGCCUGCUGCUAGUCCCUGCUGCUCGUGGGACAACCGAAGUUUGUUACAGUUACACACGCAAGGAACGCACAUACUCAGAGAUGCAGAGACGGGUAGCACAGGGACACUGUGCUUCUGACAACAUGGCUUCCAUGCUUUCAUAUAUGCCUGACAUCUAUACAAUAGCUAUACCGAAGACGGAUGUGAGUAGGCUGCUUGCUUUAGAUCAUAUGCGAUUGUAUAUGGACCUGCAAUCCGUAUAAAGACGUGUGUAUGUACAGACUACCUCAUGUUAUGGGAGAUUUUGGAGACCAGACACCAGUGACGGUGACACGAUCUACCUAGUAGUAUACAGUACUACUUCUGCGGCACUCCGUGUCUCCGUCCGUGUACGCCGUCAUCAUAGUUUCCUCUGUACUCCAUCCUACCUGUACUUCAUGGUUGUUGGUCAUUCUCAAAUACCACAGUUUUUCUCCAUUGUUCAGAUACUUUGAUAUUCUCGCC